UCAUUUUCUUAUAUUUCUAUCAUCAUAGAUUCAGCAUCAUAUUUAAUAAUGAAAUUUAAGAUUAACGAUUUUUUUCAUUUUUUUAUAACGCUCUACAAUAAUAAAACGUUAAUAUAUGUGCAAAAAUAAGUAAAUAAUGUCCCCUCACAUUAGAUACACCACUGCAUCAAUAAUGUGAGAUGAAAACGGAGCAAACAUUCAAACUCAAAUGUAAAAUUAAAUCCAGUGAAUUAAAUAAGACAGAAAAUCUAUAGUUUAUCCAAAGAAUUGCACUGUAUUUUAUUUGAUGAUAUUCGCGAAAUAACGAUCGUUCUAUCAAGUUUCGUGGCUUUCGGUUUGAGUUUGAGGUUAGUUUUUCUACAAGAGAACAUUUUGAAGGUCCAAAAAUGCCUUUCAUGAAAGGUAUUGAACCUAUUAGAAGAACCUUAAAAUAUUUGCAGCAAGGUCGACUGGUUUUAAAAGAUAAUAUACAUAUAUUUUCCAUUAAUUACAAUACUUCUGGUCGGACUCACUCAGGAAUAAGAGGUUUCAUCUUUUGGCAUUUGGCUCAAGUGCAGUUUAAAAAUCCUGAAGUUCAGGUCAUCACAUUUAAAAAUAUGACACCGUCGCCGUUUAUACAAUGUUACUAUGAAAAUGGGAAAAAAAUGUUAAUAGAUGUGGAUGAUAAAGACAAGGACGAGAUAAUGGACCACUUGGUUAAAGUCGUCGGAAAAUCGAAGGAACUUUUAGCAAGAGAAGCAGAGCUUCGAGAAAAGAAAGACAAUCCAGCGAACUUCGGAUAUGGUUGCGACAAAAGUUGCAUGUGUACCGUUCCUGGCCAAGUUCCUUGUCCUCAAGUUGUCCCCCUUCCGAACCACUAUCGUGGAAAAUUCAAAUGGUAUCAGAAUAAUGUUUAAAUAAAUAGGUUUGUGUAUAUUACAUUUUUUGCAGAA